AUGGCCAAGCUUCCCACACCCACACGCUGCCGCCGCGGCCUCCGCCGUCUGUGCCUCCGCUUCUGCAACGCCCUGGACAACACCUACAUCCUCAGACAGGUCCUGGAGCAUCGCCGGGAACCGUUUCCCCCUCCCGGCGUGCCGUGCUUGGAGGACGUGCCGACUUGGAGCGAGUACCUCGACUGCAAGACGCCCGGCCAGAAGAAGGAGGAGGAGGAGGAGGAGGAUCAGACAAAGAACCCAAGCCCGGACUCGGAGCAGAACCAUCCUUCCGAAGACUCAACCUUCGGCGUGGUCUACGACCACUUUGAGUUCUCCGUGGCCGCCGCGACUCGCCUUCUCGACGUUCAUAGAGGCCAGCUGGUUGUCCGCAACCCUGACCGUAUGUCUCUGCUCCACGGCGGCUCAGAGCGUUCCGUUGCCUCUGGUCAUGAUGGCGCGCAGGACCUCCUGGCUGUGUGCGGCCCGGACCUAGAUGAAUCCCUCUCGGAAGAGCAGUUGGACACCUCCGAUGCCCCCAUUCCCUCACAAGAACCUGCCUCGCCCGCCUCGCCCACCUCACCUCUUUAUCAAACCCUUGACGUUGGAGACAGCCGUGGCGAUGCACCUCCUCGUGACUCUCGUGACGUUCAACCCGACGGACACAUCUCGUUCUGGCCGCCCGAGACUGCUCAGGUCGCUAUUCUGAUCCCUCAUGUCAAGCCCAGACUGGUUUCUGUUCUUCCGCCAUCACCGCCACUCCCGCCGUCGCCAUCGUCACCCGCCCCCUAUAGAACCUCGCUCAGCCAGAACCCGCGUAGACGGGGCGUGAUCUUCCCCUUCAUUUGA